CUACGGCUGCACCCGCUACUUACCAUCCACAUCAUCCAGACCAGACCCCGCUUCCACUCCAUUCUCACUCCGCCGCCCGCAAUGCCGCCCCUCCGCUCGUGGUUCUCCAUACCCAAGGGCUCGCACUUUUCCCUCGCCAACAUCCCCUUUGGCGUCAUCUCGACUGCCUCGUCAGCCACUCCCCGCGUAGCCGUCGCAGUCGGAGACCAUGCCUUGGACCUCGACGCCUUCGCGUCCCACGAUGGCUUCUUGGCUCUUUCCACCAUCCAGCCCCACCAGAAAGUCUUCUCCGAGCCGACCCUAAACGCCUUUGCCGCUUUGGGCCGCCCAAUGCACAGCAUCGUCCGCAAGUACAUCCAAGACAUCUUCUGGGAGAACACCCCGCACCCAAAGGUGCUCAAGGACAAUGCUAGCUUGCAAAAGGCGGCCCUCAUCCCGCUCAAGGACGUGCAGAUGCACCUGCCCUUCAAGAUUGGAGAUUAUACCGACUUUUAUGCCGGCCUGAAUCACGCCUUCAACGUGGGUGUCUUGUUCCGUGGUGCCAGCAAUGCGUUACAGCCCAACUACAAGUACCUGCCGGUAGGCUAUCACGGCAGAGCGUCCUCUGUCGUUGUCUCCGGGACACCGAUCCGACGACCGAGCGGCCAGAUCCUUGAGAACCCCACUGCAGAAGUAAAGAAGCCCAUCUUCUCGCCGUGUCGCAAACUGGACAUUGAGCUGGAGCUGGGAGCUUUCGUGUGCAAGAACACGAAACUGGGUGAGCCCAUUCCCAUAGAUGAAGCGGAACACUGCCUGUUCGGCGUUGUCCUCAUGAACGACUGGUCCGCAAGAGACAUCCAGGCGUGGGAAUAUGUCCCGCUGGGGCCGUUCAAUGCGAAGAACUUCGGGACGACCAUCAGUGCGUGGGUUGUGCUGGCGGAAGCUCUCGAGCCGUUCUUGACAAAGGGCUUGGAGAACGAUGCAGACGUGUUGCCCUACCUGAAAGAGAAGCGGGAGAAGACUGUUUACGAUAUCAAGCUGCAGGUUGACUUGAAAACCGGCUCGGAUAAAUCGACGACGAUCAGCCAAAGCAACUCGAAGAAUCUGCUCUUUUCUUUCCCGCAGAUGCUCGCGCACCACUCCAUCACCGGCUGUCCUUUCAACGUCGGAGACCUGCUUGGUUCCGGGACGAUAAGCGGAAAGGAGGCGAACGAGCGGGGCAGUCUACUGGAGCAGAACGAGAACGGCAAGUCGAGCAUUAAGCUCGAAGGAGGCGAGGAGCGGAAGUUCCUAGAGGACGGAGACGAGAUUAGCAUUGCGGGAGUCUGCGGGGACGACGCGGAAGCUCUGGUGGGCUUCGGUACUUGUGUCGGCAGGAUCGAGCCAGCUCUGCAGUUUGAAUUCCAGUAGGCACACCUACAGUAGGUGUGUGUACUAGAGGGUAGCCGAAAGCACCCCGAGCAUUCUCCCUAGUAGCUUCCUACGGUGAUAAUUCCGCGGCGGGUGGGAGCUUGGGCCACCUGUCCCACACACCCACCAAAAGCUUGCACACUCUGGAGUGACGUCCGUCGCUCGAGCCCUUAGGCCAGCCAUGGGAUAGGAUAUCUCAGGCGUUGCAGGGACCUCUGGCCAAUCAAUAUGGACUUAUUGUGCGGAAACACCUGCACCGUUGAAGAUCACCAGGGGCUUGGCCCCCGAAUGCUUGCAGUCCCAUGGCCUACGUGUGCACGUCGUAUGUAU